AUGGCUCCAAGUGUUGUACUUGUCACCGGCGCCAACCGUGGCAUUGGCUACGAGAUUGUCAAGGCUCUCGUUGAGUCUUCGGUUCCCUAUCACGUCUUCCUUGCUGCUCGUGAUGCUGCCAAGGGCAAGGCUGCCGCAGCCACGAUCACUCCUCGUGCGGGCAGCUCCAUCUCAGUUCUCGAAUUGGAAGUCUCUUCGCCCGAGUCCAUCGCCAAAGCCGUGGAAACCGUCAAGGCAGAGGCCGGUCGACUGGAUUUCCUCGUCAACAAUGCCGGCGUCGUUGACGAAAGCGCUGAUGCCAUGACACGGCUUCGCAACACGCUCGAGAUCAACACCAUUGCGCCAUUCGCCGUCACCCAGGCAUUCAAGCCUUUGCUAAUAGUGCAGCCUGAGAAUGAGACCAAGGAGAAGCGAGUCAUCUACGUGUCGAGCGGAUUGGGCUCAAUCGCUGAAAAAUUGGACCCCAAGUCCAAGUACUAUUCCGUCCAAGCGACCGAGUACCGCAUGAGCAAGUCCGCGCUCAACAUGCUGGCUGCAUGCGAUGCCUAUGAACUGAAGGAUCACGGCAUCAAGGUCUUUGCAUACGAUCCCGAGUUUGUGGCUACCUCACUUUCGCACUCACCCGAGGAGCGCCGCAAGAUGGGUGCGCUUGAGCCCAGUGUAAGUGGAGAGAGCUGCCGAGAUAUCAUUCAGGGCAAGCGAGAUGCGGAUACAGCAAAGCUGGUCAGCAUCAACGGGGCAGAGUGGCCAUGGUAA